GGAUUGCACGUGCGUGUAUAUCCUGCCUGGCCACCAACAUGUCUGCUGUGAAGGCAGAGAGUCGGUCCUGAAGGUUGAACUAAAGGAACGCUGCACGACACACACUUCUACGGAUUAACAGACUUCACUGCCGGCUGCAGCGCGUUUCUUCCCCUCGUUACCUCUGGACAUAUUAUUCCAACAUGUGGGUAUUCAGCAUGGCACAGCAGCACAAGCUGCUCCUCCUUUGGACUGGGAGAUUGAGCAAGCAUGCAUCAAUCUCGAGAGUGGACUCAUACCAUGUCUCCGCGUCUCUGCUCCGCGCAGAGGGCAGCGGCAUCGACCCCGUGGUGAAGAGACGACCCGGGGCCUCGGGUACCUCCGGUGCCCAACACAAGCCCGGUGCGUCUGCUGGGUGGCAGAAGCAGGGGAGGUCAGAUCAGAGUAAAGCGUGGAAAAGGGAGAUCCCAGAGCUGCAUAGGCCCAAUCAGAAGAGGGAGGGGGACAGCAGAGUGUCCUCUGAACUUAGCAGACUGAGUCUGGAUGACUUCCCUGCAGAGAGGGAGAGGAGGAUGGGGGGACAGAAGGAGAGGAUGAUGGGGGGACAGAAGGAGAGGAUGAUGGGGGGACAGAAGGAGAGGAUGCACCCCAGAGAAGAGCAAUAUGAGGUUGUCUUUGGCGUCGCCCCCUGCCUCUUGGCCCUCACUCAGGGUAGAAGGACGGCCAGAAAACUGUUUGUAAAAGACGGCGAGGCGUCCCGCAGGGAUUCUGUGUUAACGGUGUGCGAGGAGGCCCAUCGGCGAGGCGUUCAAGUCCAGCGGGUCAGCAAGAAAGAUCUGGACAAGAUGUCCUCCGGGCCAGUACAUCAAGGGGUAUGCCUGCAGGCGAGCCCUCUGGGCUAUCUCGCCGAGGACGGAGACUCCGCCGCACCCGGCGGGGGGGACCCCCCUCUCUGGCUCGUCCUGGAGAGAGUUCUGGACCCGAUGAAUCUCGGCGCCAUCCUGCGCUCGGCCUACUUUCUGGGCGUGGACCGGGUCAUCAGCAGCAUCCGCCACAGCUGCCCGCUGUCUCCGGUGGUCAGCAAAGCCAGCUCGGGCGUCAUGGAGGUGACCGGGGUGUACGGAUGCGACGACCUCGAAGACAUGCUGAAGUUGAAGGUGGCGCGGGGCUGGCAGGCGGUCGGCACGGUGGGGGCCAAGCCAGAGGAGUCCCAUAUUCCUGUCACCCUGUGUUCGGACUUCCAGAUGACUAAACCCACACUGUUGUUGAUGGGGGGCGAGGGGGAGGGGUUGUCCCAGCAGCUGCUCGCUCUGUGCCAAACCCUCCUCACCAUCCCGGCCGGCAGAGAGCUGUUCCCCGGUGUGGAGUCUCUCAACGUCUCCGUGGCUUCGGGCAUUCUGCUGCACUCUCUGCUGUCCAGGAGGUCGAGCGGCCGAAGAACCGACACCACGCUGCUGGAGACCCAGGACGUAUGGCUGGACCCCCUCGAGGUAAAGGGAGGCAACGGGAGAACCAAAACCAGGACUAAGAGGGGCAGACUGUCGGACCCUGCUGCAGUAAAAAGAGAGGUUUUCUAAAUGGAUUCUGGUGCUCAGAAAUACUGCUUCUUUUUUCCACACGGCCCACCAAAAUAAACACAAAAUGAAAGAUCUUCAUAUAACUUGAACGAUGCAAUUACAUAUUGAUGUAUAUGAAGUUGAUCAGAAAUGUCUCUCCAGGAUGAUGAUGAUGAUGAUAUUCUCCAUUGUUUCUUCUGUCAGUAAACAAUAAAUGUAUCUACUUACAAGUGUAA